CCCGGUGGGCGCUGGGGAGGCGCGCAGCCGGCAUGGCUUCCGGGAGUGCCGCGCAGGAGGAGGAGGUCAGCGGCGCCCAGCUCAUCGCCGAGUCCCUCAAGGCUCAAAAUGUUGAAUACAUGUUUGGCAUUGUUGGUAUUCCAGUCACCGAAAUCGCAAUUGCAGCCCAAGCGGUCGGAAUAAAAUAUGUAGGAAUGAGAAAUGAACAAGCUGCCUGUUAUGCUGCAUCUGCUGUUGGAUAUUUGACUGGCAGACCGGGAGUAUGUCUCGUAGUGUCUGGUCCAGGCUUUUUACAUGCCCUUGGUGGGAUGGCAAACGCAACCGUGAACUGCUGGCCUUUGAUUGUUAUUGGAGGCUCUUCUGACAGAAAUCAGGAAACCAUGGGAGCUUUCCAAGAAUUCCCUCAGGUUGAAGCUGGUAGGCUGUACAACAAACUGUCUGUCCGCCCGAGCAGCCUAGAAGCUAUUCCUGCUGUUAUUGAAAAGGCUGUGAGAACCAGCAUAUAUGGUCGUCCAGGUUCCUGCUAUAUUGACAUACCUGGGGAUUUUGUGAAUCUUCAGGUGAAUAAGAGCUCUGUCAAGUAUGUGGAAUGCUGCCUGCCCCCUCCCAUCAGCACGGCUGAAAGCUCCGCUGUAUCCAAAGCGACAUCUAUCAUUGCUCUUUCCAAGCAGCCUCUGCUCAUCAUUGGCAAAGGUGCUGCUUAUUCACAUGCUGAAAACAACAUCAGAAAGUUGGUGGACCUUUGUGGACUGCCUUUUUUGCCUACACCAAUGGCAAAAGGAGUAGUUCCUGAUAACCAUCCAAAUUGUGUAGCUGCAGCAAGAUCAACGGCAUUACAGCUUGCUGAUGUAAUCAUCUUGCUUGGUGCAAGGUUGAAUUGGAUUUUGCAUUUUGGUCUACCACCAAGGUUUCAACAAGAUGUAAAGGUUAUUCAGAUUGAUAUUUGUUCAGAAGAGCUGGGGAAUAAUGUGAGACCAGCUGCAACUUUAUUAGGUGACAUAAACGCCGUGACUGGACAGCUCUUGGAAGAAUUCAGCAAAAGAUCAGUGAAAUAUCCUUCUAAUUCAGAGUGGUGGAAGAGACUAAGAGAGAAAAUGUUGAACAAUGAGGAAAGAUCAAAGGGAUUAGCAUUACAGAAAUCCCUGCCUAUGAAUUAUUACACAGCCUUCCACCACAUCAGAGAACUGAUACCCAAGGACUGCAUCUUAGUAAGUGAGGGAGCAAACACCAUGGACAUUGGACGAACUAUGCUUCCAAAUUACUAUCCCCGUCAAAGGCUUGAUGCAGGUACUUUUGGAACAAUGGGAGUUGGACUGGGUUUUGCAAUAGCAGCUGCAAUGAUAGCUAAAGACCAAACACCUGAAAAGCGAGUCAUCUGCAUAGAAGGAGAUAGUGCUUUUGGAUUUUCUGGGAUGGAGGUGGAGACUAUUUGCAGAUACAACUUGCCAAUCCUGAUUAUCAUCAUAAACAACAAUGGGAUUUACACUGGUUUGGGUGCAGAUGCCUGGAAGGAGAUGUUAAAGUUUGGAGAUCCUGCUACGUGUGUGCCUCCUGUGUCUCUCCUGCCAAAUUCACACUAUGAGGAAAUUAUGUCUGCCUUUGGAGGUAAAGGAUACUUUGUUGAAACGCCAGAAGAAUUGCAGAAUGCUCUCAAAGCAAGCCUGACUGACAAGCAAACACCUUCUCUUAUAAAUGUAAUGAUUGAUCCACAGUCUGACAGAAAGAAACAGGAGUUUCCGUGGCUGACUCGUUCUAACCUGUAGUAGAAGAUGAAGAUGAUGGUGGUGCAAGGCAGUGUGUUAAGCAAAACCAAAUCAUUUUCCAGAAGCGGAACUGGUACAACUCCGUUUUACAUAAACAUUGAAACAAAAUGGGAUUCUAGAACUGGUACUAGAGGACUCUUUAAAUGCUGAAAUUAAGUAAUUGUAAAAUGAAAGACACACAUGAAUCUAUACCAAAUCUUCUAGCAGAUUGUACAGGAACACUGAUAAGAUCAUAUACUACUUCUUUUACUCAGAGCCAUACCCAUCAAGAUUUGUGAAUUAAAGUCUUGGAUGUUUUGGACAAAGGGAGUGAGCUGAUGCUUUUAUGCCGACUGAGGCAUGAAUAUCGUUGGCAGUGUGCAAUUAUAGUAGUUUCAUUUUUAACUGACCACCAGCAUGCUGCUUGUUAGAGACUUUGUCCUGUAAGGACAAAAACAAAGCAUCUUGUCAAAAAGUGCUGAUUGGCCUCAUUAUGCCUUGAAGCCUGUUGGGUUGAUAGUCACUUCCUAAUUUUACAGGCUGCAUUUUCAGCUUCUGCUGCAGAUAGAAGCAGUGUAUUAAAAAUGCAGACUUACUCAAGGGCUGUACUGCAUUUUUUGUUAGCGGGACAGUGCUUGUAGAGGGGAAAAAAAUCUUAGACAUUUUGUCUGAAGCUUUGCUUUUUGCAAAGGUGCUAUCAUCCCUCUCAGCUGAAAACAGGACUGUAUUUAUUAGUGAGAUUUCAAGGAUUAAUAGAUUGUGAACCUUUAUAAUCAGAAGCAUUUAAAAAAAGAAAAAGAAAAAGAAACCUUCACCAGAACAAUAACUUAAGUGUUAGGUUGGACCUUAAUGUAUUCAUGCUGUGGUUGGCUAAUUGUGAAACAAAAGUUCUUCCUAUAAUGUACUUACUGUAUAGAAACUUAGUACCCAACUUUCACUGACUGUGUUGCAGAGGUAACGUUCAAAGUGGAUAAUUGACCUACCUGAGGUUCUAUCUACUGUGCUUUCAUCUAUUGUUGCAUCUGACAGUCUUACUUAGAGCUCACAUUUUAAAAGUGAAGUAGUUCUUUCCCUGUGCUUCUGUCAUGGACUCCAGCAACUCCUACUCAGUCUACUACUGAACAAGUUACUUUGUGUCUUCUUAAAUGCACAAGAGGGUCUUUGAUGUUAUAUGUGUAAAAGGGAAAACUCUGGCUCUGACUUGGGUUUUGAUUGCUUUAUUGUCUAUUAUUCCAUUGACUUUAAGUGCUGGUGAACUAGUUAAAGGCACUUGGGUGACCCAAGGAAGAGGAGAACUGGGCUGGCCGCAGAUCCUGGCCUAUGGUUAAGUUUGUUGCAAAAAGCUUGGCUUAUUAGUGCUUGCACUUAAGUCUGGGUCUGGCACAAGGCCAUGGGUUACUGUUAGGCAGAGGACUGUCUCUGCACGCUUGUGCAGAAGGAUAGCAUCAGACAUGAGCAAGAGUACCACAGUCUGACUAAGAGGUACCACUACUUGUUACGGGUGUGGAAUAGCCAUGUGGCACUAUGAAUGCCUGAGUCAAGAUAAGGUGAUAUUCUCAGGAGGGCUGCUAACAAGUGCAAAAGGAUAAAAUCUGCAGGAUGGAUACAACUCAUGAACAAGUGUAAGGCUGCUGAGACAGCAGAGUUGCUGUGUUCUCUGGAGUACUCUGCAAGGAAUGUGGAGCAUUGCAUCUUGUCACCAAUUUUGUUUCAUUCUUUUUAACUCUCAAAAGUUGAUUUUAAUAUGUUGCAGUGAUUAAAAACAAUCCAUUAUGAUGAAGUAAAAUAUCUGUAAGAGUUAAUGCUGGGCCUGACCACAGGUCAAUGAGAUCAUGUGCAUUGGAUAUGCAAAUGCAGAAAUUCUUGUUUUAUAUUUGAAAAUUAAUAAAAAGUGAUUUUCAUAAGUUUUCUCCUUUAA